AACAGGCACGUAUAUUAGAUCAUGUAGCAUUUGGCGUAAUAAGUGAAACCGCGCCUGCAGAUGAAAAUGGAAAAUGAGUUGCAUUUGUUAGACAACGGUUGUAUAUUAAAGGAUGGGUAUCCAUUGAACCGGGCCGCGGGUGAGCGCAUAUGUUAACGUAACGACGCCGGUGACAGGGUUGCGGUAGCAGGACCUUCGGCCCGGAGGGAGCCACAUAUCUCAGGUUGAUCUUCAUAAGUAGAGGUCUCUUCGCAUGCUUUCGAGUUACCCUAGGCCUUAUUCCUGGUUGGUUGAAGUUUGUUCACAGUCCUCUUCAUCACUUUGCCCACCGAUUCCGUUUCGAUCCCAAUCUCAACCCCUAAAACUCAAGAUGCGCUUCUCCGUACUCGCCUUUGUUGGCAUGGCUGCCAUCGCCCUGGCAGCACCUAUUGAGGUAUCGUCAGAACUAUCCUCGCGCCAGUAUGAGCCCAUCUACAAAAUCCACAAAGACCUCGAAGGCGCGACGGAGAAAAGGCAAUACAGGCCCACCUAUAAGAUUCACGCUGAUCUCGAAGGUGCUGUUGAGAAAAGGCAAUAUGAGCCUACAUAUAAGAUCCACAAGAGCCUCGAGGGCGCGGUGGAAGAGAGGCAGUACAGGCCUACGUAUAAAAUCCACAAAGACCUUGAAGGCGCGGUAGAGAAACGACAGUAUAUGCCUGGUACACUUUCCCCUAUCAAUCUUAUCCGCACGCCUAACUGUAGGGUUAAAUAGGUAUAUACAUACCUCGGAAAGGGAGGCUGUGGCUUAGGUUAGACUUGCUAUUGGGGAGAUCUUGCUGAGGAGGAAAUAAAUAUGUGUGAAUGGGGGGGGAAGGCCACUUAGCAAUAACCACAUGAUACUCCAGAAUAUCAAAAAUUCGAAUAGCUGUGAUCCCCUAUGAGAUAUGUAUUGCAUCUUUGGUAUGAUACGCCCCUCACCCCUUUAUCACGCGCUGCUCCGCAAGACACUUACCUAGGUUAGAUACCUACCUAGUAGGCAUGCUCGACACCCAUUGAAGAAAUAGACAGCGGAGAGUUCGUGAAUUCAAACGAGCCCCGAGUCCCGAGCCCUUAUUGAAGAUACGUUUCAC